AUGCGACAUUGCGACCUUCUGUUGCUUCUCUCUCCGAGUCUCGGUAAGGCUGCCAAGGGCAAAGCCGCCCCAGCGGCGCCAGCAGGACCAGCUGGCUCUGGCCAGGUCUUCAACAUCUUCUCCGAGCGCCCGGAUGAAGAGAUUAAGCCUGACAGUUGGUACCCAGACUGGCUUUGGAGGUUGGAAACCCCACCAAAGCACUAUGGUGACCUGACGCUCAUGUUUGUUCACGGAGUGAACAUUGAAGAGGCUACCCUGAGCGACUACACACGAUUCUUGCGGUUGCACCGCAAGAUGGUCAUCAAAAUAAACAAUCUGCGUCUGAAGCGAAGCAGGCGCAGGCCUGGCCUCAAAAUCACCUGA